CCUUUUUUCUUCUGUCGACUGAAUCCAAGCAGCAGCUCACUCACACACGGAGACUGGAGUUCACUCAGCGCGAGCACUGCGUAACGGCUGCUUCUUCGAGACACUUCUUCGUUAACCUGCUUUAAAACAUCCUCCAGAAACUGACACCAUGGGCGUGGAAGGCUGCACGAAAUGCAUCAAAUACAUGCUCUUCUUCUUCAAUUUCGUCUUUUGGCUGGCUGGUUGUGUGGUCUUGGGAGUUUCUCUCUGGCUUCGUCAUGACAACAAAACUAGCAGUAUUCUGGAACUGAAGUAUGAGGGCGCAGAAGCACCCAGCACCUUCUACAUCAGUAUCUACAUCCUGAUUGCUGUCGGUGCUGUGAUGAUGUUUGUUGGAUUCCUUGGGUGCUAUGGAGCCAUACAGGAAUCGCAGUGUCUUCUCGGAACAUUCUUUGCCUGCCUGGUCAUUCUGUUUGCCUGUGAGGUUGCUGCUGGAAUCUGGGGUUUCAUGAACAAAGACACGGUCUCCAAAGAGGUGAUCUCUUUCUAUGACUCUGUGUUUGACAAAGGCUCAUCAGCUCCAACUGAGGAGCAAAAAAAGGCUGCCGCUGCUGUCUUGAAGGUCUUUCAUGAGACUCUUAACUGCUGUGGCAAAGGAAUCUCUUCAGUGUGGCUUUCAGAAAUCUGUAAUAAAGACAAAACAAUUUCUACUUUUUUUAACCCCUCUGAGAACUGUCACACCAAGAUCAACGAUCUUUUCACUGACAAGAUCCAUUUGAUUGGUUUCGCUGCCUUGGCUGUCGCUGUUAUCAUGAUCUUCGAGAUGAUCUUCAGCAUGGUGCUUUGCUGCAGCAUCAGGAACAGCCCUGUUUACUGAAACAGAAGGGCAAGAUUUUACCUUUAAAAAAUUAGCCAAAAAAAAACAACCUUUUUUUUGUUUUGUAUCUACCAUCUUCUAUUUUGUUUUGUAUCUACCAUUGUUUCCUAAUGUAGUCACCCUGCCUAGUUCCCGAUGUCUCAGAACAAUUUUUUUCCUUUUUUUUUCCUUUUUGUUUUUUGAUCAAAAGUUGCAGUGGAACCACCAACAACUAGUCAGCUAUUGUUUAUGCUGUAGUUGGAAAAGACUAGUCGGGAUCUGUAGCUAUAGCAGUAGACUUACAAACACAGUACAUUAUCACAUGAAGAAUUGAUACAUUUAUUUGCUUGUAGUUUUUUUGCAUUAAAUUUGGAAGUACUGUUAUUGCUAUCAGUCAAUAUCAUUCUUUACGUGUGUACAUGUAUAAACUGUAUAUAUUUGCAGCCCUGUAUGGCUCUUAAGCAUGAAUCUUGUAUCGAACACUCCUGUCCAUCUUCUUUUCUGAGACUGCUGUUUGUAUGUUCACGGUUCUUCCUGAGAAACCACUAAAUAAACAGUGUUAGCUAGGUAGGAGAGCAAGUCAGAAUAGAGUGCUUAUUGGAAGUGAGAGUAAAAGGAUUAAUAACAUUAAAGACCCAUGUAUACUUCCUUUUCCGCGUUCCGCUCCAUCUAGCACAGUUGAACACUCAAGGAAUUCAAAAUAAACUCCGUAGACAGUGCUUUAGGACGGAUGCGUUCGACGCCUGCGCACUGCCUAGUGAACCUUCGUUUCCAAGGCUUCACGCGGACAGUAUGCACUGACGUUAGCAGACUUGCAUCACACGGACUGUCAACUGGAGUGAAAUUCGGACAAGGAAAGUAUACAUUUAAGCUCAUUCGGUUCAAAACGUACUAUAUACCGGGCUCUGUGAAUCAACAAGUUAAUGUCAGUCAACAGCACUUGUAACAUAAUGUUGUUUACAACAAAAAUUAGAUUCCACUCUAAAAAAACAGCAACAUUCUGGGUUACAAUGAUGUAUUUAAAAUAACGGUGAAUGAGGCCGAUUUGUAAACAUUUAAAUUUGGUUGUUUGAUUAGAGAAUUGAUCAGAACAACUUAAGAGCUCAAAUAAUAUUCAAGCUUUAAUAGAUGCGUUAAUUUAAGCGUGUGUAUAAAAUGACUCAUUUCUGUUUUAAAAUUCUCUAGAAAGAUACAUCAUUCACUUUUAUUUUACGUGCCUUCACCGCAGCAUUGGUUUUUGAUUUUUUGAAGAUCCAGAAUUAGUUUUUGUGCAACAUUACGCCGCGAAUGUUAUCAGUUGAGUUUAACUUAAUCGGCAGAAUCUAUGAUCAUUGUGUUUCUUAUUUGUGAGAUCACAGACGGAGAGAGCUGAUCCUAGAUCUGCAUUCGUGCUGUGGAAAGCUGUAAACCUAGAGCUUCUGAUGCCCACUUCAAUCUACAAUCUCUUUAUGCUCUCUUAAUACACUGUAAUGUAUUUUUCUAGAUGGCUGUCAUACAAGGAGUUGGACCACAUGUAGAUUCACUGCCACAGUCAAUGGAGUUCUAGCCUUAUUUACAGUGAUCCAAGCCAUAGAGAGGAUUCAUCCAAACCUACUAGCCUUAUUAAUGAAACACCUCAUCCCUUAAUCACUUAGAUAGCAAAUCCAAAUUGAUUCCUAAUGGAACCGUCUAUGCUGUAAGUGUAAUGUGUUCUGAUAUCACUCAACUGGGAAAUCCAAGGAGUUUGCGUGAUUGUCUGUAUGUACAUGUGUGAUAUGUAUUGACAGUGAGUUUAGAAGGACAGGCUUGGUUGGUUAUAGGAUUGACGAGCUCUUGACUCUUCACACUGCCACCUCUAUCACAGAUGUAGUUGUUGUAAUACCUUGUCACCUUCACUAGGUGGCGCUCUGGUAGUAGGCUUUUCAUUUUGAAAACUGGUGUCUACUCUCUUAGUAUGCCUGUGUACAUGUCUGUCAUGCACUUGUUCUUCUAGACCGCACUAAAACGAAGCGCCUUCAUCCAUGAUGCAUAAAUACCAUCAGAUUUGUGAUUUACAUACAUUAUGCAACCCUGUAUUGUUAACACAUAAUGCCUAUGCUGAUAUGCUUAGAAAGUGUCUUGUAAUGUGUACAGCUAUAUAGUAUACUAAUUACAAUGUAAAGACAAUGUAUGCCUUUAAUUGUGAUAUCUUUUUUUCUCUCUCUCUGGUAUGCAAUGAUUUCAUUUGAAGCAUGUAAGAAUUUUGGGGGUCCUGACAAGUCGAGCAUGAUCUACUAACUAUUAAAAAUUAUGAAGGAGAAACAGUUGUUAAUGAAAUUAACUGUUGAAGUUAAAACACAUCAGCGUAUUUGGACACUAUCAAAUGUUACUGUUGUGUUGAAAGAAUCUCAUACUAAUCUGAUACCCAAAUUGACAACUGUAACUCAAGCUCUCAUCAUCUUGACACAUCAUUUAUAGAUUUUGGUCUGAUUUUCUUGCCCAAAUAUUAAGGAAUUAAACGUAUUUUACAAAUAAUAGCCUA